AUGGAGGUUCCGGAAUCAAUAGGUGUGCCACAGCAGUAUGACAUGUUGAUGCAUCCGAUAAGGAAGAAGAAGACGCGAACGGUGUUCUCGAGGAGUCAAGUCCUUCAGCUGGAAGCAACCUUCGAGGCAAAGCGGUAUCUCUCCAGCGUAGAGCGUGUCUCGCUGGCGCAGACUCUGCAACUCACUGAGACGCAAGUGAAGAUUUGGUUCCAGAACAGGCGCAACAAGUGGAAGCGCCAACUAGUCUCUGGUGGACAGUGGAGCAUCCAGUCUUCCGCCUUCUCAGCUGUGGAUCCUCCACCACAUCCCGUUGACUACUCUGCUCCCCACGAUGAUCCUCACAAAAGCCAUUACUUUUCCUGA